AUGAUUGCUCUAGCCAAUGCAGGGUACCGUGCAAUCGCACCCGAUUACAGAGGAUAUGGACUAUCCGACCCGCCACCCGAACCCGAGAAGGCCACGUACAGGGACAUAAUCAACGACCUCGUCGGAAUCCUAGAUUCCCUCCAAAUAACUAAGGUGGUUGUUGUAGCAAAAGAUUUUGGAGCCAGGGUUGCCUAUAUGUUUGCUCUUCUGCAUCCGGAUAGGGUAUUAGGAAUUGUAACCGUGGGAGCGCCAUUUGUACCUCCAGGUCCCGCUCAAUUCAAUAAAUAUCUUCCUGAAGGUUUCUAUAUGUCUAAAUGGCAGGAACCUGGGCGAGCAGAAGCUGAUUUUGGUAGAUUUGAUGCUAAAACAGUGGUUAGGAACAUCUAUAUUCUCUUCUCAAAAAGUGAAAUACCAAUAGCUGAUGAGAACCAAGAAAUCAUGGAUUUAGUAGAGCCAUCAACUCCUCUUCCUUCUUGGUCCAAAGAGGAAGAUCUUGCAAUAUAUGGGGCGUUAUAUGAGAAAUCUGGUUUUCAAACUGCAUUGAAGGUUCCAUAUAGGUAA